AUGUCAUAUUUAUUCUUCCUUCUUUGGUAUUUCUUAUUUAUUUAUAAUAAUAUUACAAAUGCACAUUGUCCCGAUGAUAAAGAUCUUCAACAUCAUCAAUGUAUAUGUAAUUUAACAAAUAAUUAUAUUCAAUGUUCAUCAUUACCUAAUCAAUGUCGUACAUGUUAUCGUUAUAAAGCAAUAAUUUUUGAUGAAAAAGUUAAUAUUCUACCAGUAGAAGCAUUUCGUUUUUAUGAUUUUUUUGAGAAUGAUAAAAAAUUUUUAUUUAAAAUUCAAUUUACUCAAUUAAAUAAUCUUUCAUCAAAGUCAUUUUCGAAAAUGAAUAUUAUUCAAGGUCGAACAUUAAAUAUUAAAAUAUUAAAAUAUACAUCAUCUAUAUUACCAACAAAAGUAUUUGAAGAUAUAAAAAUUCUAUCCAAAUCAAAAGUAAAUAUUGAAAUAUACAAUGUAACAUCUACUAUUUUGACAAUAAGACAACAUGCAUUAGAUGGAAUAAAAUUUCAUCAUAAAAGUCAAUUUCGAUUAUUAAUACUUCAUGCAAAAGAUACAAUUCAAUUUGAAUCAAAUGCAGGAUCAAUUCAAUUACCAUCUUAUUCUUAUAUGGAAUUAUAUUUUGCAAAUUUUAUUCAAGUUGUUUUAAAUGAACAUAGUUUUAAUCAUAUAAAACAAGAAUAUUCAAGUAAAUUAAUUAUAAAAUUUGAUCGUUUUCAAUAUGCAACAUUUUCACAUAAUUCAUUUUUUGAUUUUCAUCAAUCUAAUGAAUCUCGUUUUCAUUUAUCAUUAUUAAAUUUUCAAAAUUUAAAAAUUGAACAAACUUUAUUCGAUAGAAUCAUUCAAUUAAAAUCAUAUUUAAUAAUAUCAAUUUAUAAUUUAACAAAUGAUUUAUGUUUACCAAAUAAAACAUUUAAUCAAAUAAAACAAGAUUUUAAUUCAAUAUUUCAAUUUGAAAUCAAUUAUGGACAAAAUCUUCUUCUAACAUCGAAUUCAUUUAUAAAUAUAAAUCAAAAAUUACAAUCAAAAUUAUCUAUUAUAAUAAUAAAUUCACUUGAUGUUUAUUUUUCUCAUUAUGCAUUAAAUAAUAUUUAUCAAGAAGAUCAAUCAUUAAUUGAUAUUUCAAUUAAAUAUGGACAAAAUUUAAUAUUUGAUGAUUAUGCAAUUAAUAAUAUGUAUAUUUAUCAUUCGAGUAUUUUAAGAAUUGGUUUUCAACAUUCAAGAGGCACUUUACAAAUGGCUAUGAAUGCCUUUUCUAAUAUUAAUGAAGGUCAGAGUGGUAGAUUAAUUUUUCAAAUAAUGAAUUCAUCUAAUUUUUAUUUUCGUUUUAAUCAAACAAGUUCAUUAGAACGUAUAGAAAUUAUUGAUCGAUCAUUAUCUUCUAAUGAUUUUUGUCGUAUAUCAAAUAUUCCAUCACAUAUAUUAGUUAAACUUUUAUUUAAUAAUCAAUGUUCAUGUACAAUUUAUUAUUUAUAUCGUUAUGUUUAUCGUAAGCUUCUUCAAAGUACUACUCUAAAAGAUUUAACACCAUUCUGUUAUUCAAAUAUGUCUUUUGAUGAUAUUGAAUAUUUAGAAAAUGAAUGUUUAUUUAAAAAUAAAAUAAAUAAUUGUCAACAAAUAGAAGGUGAAAUACAAAUUAAUAUUCCACAAGGAAUAUGUCAAGAAAAUUUAAAAUUAAAUCAAAAAAAUAAAUUAGAAAAAAAUUUAUCAUUAAAAUUAAUUCUUAUUAUAUUUGGUUGUUUAAUAUUUAGUAUAACAUGUAUUUAUAUAUUAUUUUCAAAUAAUAGAAGAUCAUCAUUGUGGAAUUUUAUUCCAAAAUAUUUUCAUCGUUAUCGAUAUCAAAAAUUACUAAUAUUUUCAACUGAUUCCGAUGAACAAUUGACACCUAUUGAUCAACAAGAAUCUAAUAAUAAAAUAAAGAGAAUUAUUGUUAUGUAUAAUGCAACAACAGAACAAAUUCAACCUUAUUUCGCUACUGAUGAAAUAGAUUUUAUUUCAUCUAAUGAUAAUCGUGAAAAUCGAGAUAUUACAUUUCAAAUAAAUACAAAUCCAAUGAAUGAAAUCGAAGAUAAUAAUACUCUAGAAAUUACUCAACAUCGUUAA